CAACUACCUCUGUCCACAUCAACAUGGGUCUUCUCCGUCCAAAAUGUCUGACAACGGACAACACUCGACUAUACGCUUUCGCUAGGGAGAUGGAUCUCGCAACUGAACAAUAUCACUAUCUGCUACUGAAGUCCAAUGAUAACCCCUCAUUCGACCUAAAAGACCUGACUUGGUCCAUUAUCAGUGUUGUUCCUACCACAGGAUUGCCACUUUUUGUCUCCUAUCCUUAUUUUGGUGACUUCGACUGUGUGGUUGAUGACCAAGGUGUGUUUUCGAUCAUCGGAAAGAAUGAUUACGAUGAAAACUUCGAAGAUUAUCCAUUCAAUGUGAAUGCGAUGCAAUACGUACCCUCGUUGACUCCAGGAACCAAUGGCACCUGGAGAAACAUCACCACACCUACACAAGAAGCCGAUUAUCUUUGGAAUCGCGCCUAUAAAGGCACAUUAUUCAAUUACAAGGAUGCACAGGGCAAGAACAAUCUGAUGCACACCUAUAUCUCCUCCAACGAGUCAGAUGUCUAUGUUGCUGCCCUGGAUACUACAAGUAUGACACUAAAGCAAGGAAUAGGUGCUUGGAAUAUAACGAACGGAAAGUAUUCACAUAGUAGCUACGCAUCAUUUGCAAACAACAAUAUCUAUAUAUACGGCGAGGAUUUCGAUAAGAGAGCAAAGCAGUUGUUUGCGUUCCCAAUCACCAGUGCCUCUCCCAAUGCUCCUGGUGUUCUGCCCCGGGGCUUCAACGCGACAGAAGUGGACAAUGCUUGUGGAAUUUACACGUCAUCGUUCGUAAUGCAAGCUCUUAAGGACGACCUAGUUAUCUUUUGUCGGAGAGGAUAUCGCAUUCACAUCUUCAACGGCAGCGGCUUCACAGCACUACCAGUUAUCAACAGUGAUUUAGAGUUCGAAUAUAUGAAUGCUAUGGUCCCUUUCCCAGGCGCUACACCAUACCUCUUCAUGUAUAACAGGGGAGGGUCUUAUAGUAUUCCGCUCAAUGGAUCCUUUGUUAGUUCUGUGCUCAAGGGAAAUAAUAUCACAAUUGUAGAAAAUUAUGGGGUUAAACCUUUGACCCAGCCAAAUGAGACCCCUAUUCCUACAGUAGGGGCCUCCAACUUACCUGCCAAUGCAGUUACUACGCAAAUACCCAACACAGGCACUGAGCAGGAACACUCGAACGCCAACAAAGGAAUGAUUGCUGGUAUUGUUAUCUGUAUUCUCGCUGCCAUGGCAUUUUUAUUGUUCAGAUUCAGACAACAUAAGCGCAAUGCAUGGAGGAAGAGGAGCAAAAGCGCAGCAAAUGCUGCUGCUGCAUCUACCGUUGCUGCAAAUGGCGCUGGCGUCGAAGGCUAUACUUCCGUUAGCCAAGGGGACUAUUCACCAUAUCCAGCUCAACACCAUAAUGAGAAGGCGCUACCAGAGGUGAAGGCAAAAGUGGCAGAUGAUAUCUGGGAGUACAAGACUGUAGACCCAGUUAGCCCAUCGAUUGCUGGCAGUACAGUCCACUCAAGCCCCUACUUUACCUCUCCACCCGUCCCUAACCAUAGCAAGCCCGGCCUAAGUCCUGGCCAAUACUAA